AUGAUUUCAAAGCAGAAGCAGGAUUCAGAAGAGAAACCGCUGGAAGAGCAGAUCGAACUUUUACAGGUAAGCAAUCGAAAAUAGAGUUGAGCCAAAGAACGAAGAGAAUCAGGAGAAGAUUGCCGAGCUGAUAGUGACGAAUGAGACGACCGAGAAUCAGUUGACAAACUUGACAUUCGAGUCAAACGAUGUGAUUGGUUAUUUGAAAAAAUUGGUGGAGGAGAAGGACGAAGAGGUGAGCGACGCAGAGAAAACACAGAGAACGGACAGUUUCAGACGGCGCGACUGGAGGAAAUGCUCGAGGAGCAAAAGAAGGACGCGGAGAGAAAGUUCAAGAUUCACAGGCAGAAUUUCGAGGGGGAAGAGAAGAAGUUAAGGGAGGAGAUUGAGAAAUUGAGGAGCGAAAUGAGUAUCAUGGGUGAGAAGAUCAAGAAGAGAGCUAAGGAAACCGAGCAUUUUAGAUACGCAACUAGGAAACCAACACAGAAUUGAAUUGGAAAUCAUCGAAAUGGGCGCGAAAUUGAACGAACUUCACAAGACGGUCGACGAGCAACAGGAGACGAUUCGGAGGAAAGAAGCCGAGGAACGGAGCGUCAAAUUGCAGCCAUCGAACAGUGAGAAUGUGGGAAUGGGAAAGGAAAUGCGAAGUUUUUGCAGGGCUCGGUCGGAUUUGAGUGAGGAAUUCGCACAAGCAGUGGCAGAAAUCCGAGCUGAAGCGAGUUUGGAAAGCAAAGGACAUACUUUGAUGAACAAUCAGGUAAUCGGGAGAGGAGAUUGAGAACGAUCAAGUAAUUCAGGUAAUUGAACAUUUGGAAUUGGAAAUGACGAAGAAGAAGCAAGAAAUAGCACGGAUGGAGCAGAUUCUGGGAGAGAAACAGGAAGAAUUGGAACGAGAAGCGGAAAGAACGCAAGAGAAAGACGAAGAGAAUCUGAAGUUGAGAGCGCUUUUGGAGAAGAGCGGACAAACAGUGAGAGAAUCUGAGAAAAACGGGAGGAAUGGGACAUAUUUCAGACGGAGAAGGCUUUGAAAGACAGUAAACGUAGGUUGGAGGAAUCGGAGAACAAACGAAAGAGCACAUUGGAGAAGUACGUGCAGAUCGAAAGCGAACUGACGACGAAAGUGAGUUCACAGUACGGUUCGUGAGUGGAAAAGUAAUGUUUCAGUUGGAUGAAGCUCUUCAAAGUGUGGAGAAGAGUCAGAGAAUGACUACGAUGCUCGAAGACCAGCUGCUGAGAGAGCAACAGACGCGGAAGGCUACGAUAGAGUCGCACAAGUCACAGAACAAGAAAAUUGAGGAAUUGAAGGUGUUCUUUAAGGUAUUCGGAAAACACACAGGAACCUCACGAGAUAAAUACUCUUGCAGGAUGUACUAUCGAGUGAAGAAGGACUACUUGAUGAGGUUAUCAAAGAGAACAGAAACUCAGUUUUUGCUCAUUUAGCAUUGAUUGUUUCGAGAAUCCCAAUUGUUAAAUGA